CCCGAUAGCCUUCACUGUAACUAACGAGGCACUCACUCUGUUGCUAGCAAGUUUUUUUUAAAUUUUUUUGAUUCAUUUCCGAAAUUAGAUACAAAAAUUUAAAGAAAUUUAACGUUGAAAAUGGCUUUUUUCUCUGGACUAUUCCGUUACCGGAAAAUUCCUUAUCUUUCAAUUCAAUCAAAUUGUUAUAGCUACUCUUUAAGUUCUCAUUUUUUGCAUCCGAGUUUGAAGACUCAGUGGUUCAGCACCGGAACUGGCUCGGCGACUCAGACUGAGUUCCCUGGCGAGAACGCGUACGACAUCUUAGGAGUUUCCGAGACCAGCUCGUUCGCUGAAAUCAAAGCGUCGUUUCGCAGAUUAGCAAAAGAAACUCACCCGGACCUCGCUGAGUCCAAGGGCAAUUCAUCUGCUUCUUCAAAACGUUUUGUCCAAAUCCUCGCCGCUUAUGAGAUUCUUUCGGAUUCCGAGAAGAGGGGGCACUAUGACAGCUAUCUAUUAUCUCAGAGAAAGAUUGUGCUGAAAAAUUCUAGACAAGGUUCAACAAUGUACAUGUACACAUCUCAUACAACAAUGAAUAAGCAGAUGGAAGUUGUUGAAUGGUUAAAGUGGUAUAGAUUUGCCAUAAAUGAUGUGGUGUCUCAGAGGAAAGCAGUGGUUGGAACUGGCUAUUUUGAUGUUCUUGAAGCAGAUUUUUAUUCAGCUAUACAUAGAGCAUAUUAUGGUCCUGUAAUUGAAUCCAUGGAUCUUCUUCCUGAUCGGUUUGAAGCUGAGGAAAGGUCUGUGUAUGAAACUCCAGAGGUGCUGCACUUGGUUUCAGGGCGCAAUCUUUUUGGGAUGGUUUGCCUGGUUGAUUGGGUUCCUCAGCUAUCUUUCACCUAUAAUGAAAAGUUGACUUCUAUGCCUGCAGCUUCAGUCUUGUCUCAGUCUACCCAAAAUGCUAGAAUUUGCAUGAAUGAUGUAAAAGAAAACCAUGGUGGACUUUCUCAGAUUCAAGUCACUGAUAUUAAAAACCAUGCAUCUGAUGCAUAUAAAGAUUUGGAGUUGCAUGUAUCUGGAAGAGUGGUAGCUGUGGCCACUAGAAUCCCUCCUAAAAGCUGUUUUGGUGAGACACAAAAUGAGGAUGUUCAAGACCACAUACAAGUAUUUCUUACUUUAGAUGAUGACUCCAUGGUUGUUGGCAAUGGAUUGGAUGAUAAGGUGGGAUCUCGAAUUCUGUUGGGAACAAUAACUGGACUUGGAACCAGCCCAGAAGAGGGGUCAUGUUUUGUCUACAAUAGUAGUGGUACAAAAACCCAUGUGAUUAUGAAACAUAGGACGUUGCUGGUGAAGCAUAUGCACUGGUAUCGGGUGGGAGAGGAAGUUUCUGUUUGUGAGUGUAGAUGUAGUAGAGCUCGAUUACCACCUAGCAAAUUUUGGUUGUUUGAACCUCGCUGUGGAAUGCAUGACAUUGGUGGUUGGUACGUUGAAACUUUUGGCAGGGAUAAGCAAGGCCGGACAGUCCCAUCCCAAAGGUUUUGGGAUGGCUUUGAUGCAAACGAACAAUUUGAUGAGAGACUCCAUCCAGCUAUGUAUUUGCUUUCCCUUGCAUAUAGGACACUAGAUAUUGAAGAUGCAAAAAGAAGGAAGCAAACCAUUAGGGAAAUUGUUGAAGGGAAACUAUUUAGAAUCCUCAAUUUGUGCAAGAAGCUUGUUUAGGAUGGAUACCUCUUUGGACUUGUGAAGGCUAGAAAUACUUCCUCUCUUAAGAAGGUACAGAUGUUUCAUUUUAUGGUUCAGGGAUUGGCUGUUAGUAUGCUUUCUACUUGAUUGAGAUUUGAGAGACAUCAAGCGAAGUCACACUCGCAAAUUUCUGCAAGACAAAUCUUGGGAUAAUUUGGAAAAACAGUUAUUUACAGUUCUCAAUGCAAAGAACCUGGUCAGGGUUGCAUUUGAAGAUUUCUUGUUUUGACUUGAUGAAUCAUCAGCUUUGCUUCCUGAUGAGUAGAUUCUUUUUAAAGUCAAUGAAAUAGCUGUCCGUUUUGCAUUUGGCAUUCAAUUGGUCUGGAGCAUAACGAACCUACGUCAUGUUGGUAAUGGGAUCUGCAGAAUCUAUCACCCUGUUUCCUGUUAUUUCAUCAAAGUUCUUCUUUGGAUAUAUGAAGAAAAUGCUUUCCUUUUGGGCCAUUGACAAGACAUAUUAAGAUGACUCAGGAUAUUUUUGAAUUCACUGUUCAUUUGUGCUCACUUCACCUUAACAUCAAUACUUAAAUCUGCCAUAAGAGCAGAACUUCUCACUUUUUUGCACCAGUUGGUCUUAAAAUUGUAUUCAGGCAUCACUCUGAAGCAUUGAAAGAUAACAUUUCUUGAAUACUCAAUUCAAAGCUGAGAUCAAGGAGAGAAGAAAUUGCUCAUACUCAUUAUGCUGCUAGUUUGAUCAAGAUGGCAGUCAGAGGGAACUGAUGGCAUUCAAAAAUGUCUGAGGCAUGUAAACUCCUAUGCAGGUCUAUCACUGGUUUUAUGUUUCUCUAUGCCUAUAAUUUGUCAAAAUAAGCUGCCAGUGUAGACAGCUCGGUGCUUUCUGCUUAGCCAUUAGAUUUCUUGCUCUUAUAAACAGUGUAAUUGUGAAUUGACAUGCUAUAGAUUAUGAUAUUUGGAAUUUA